AUGGAUGCCAACUUGCAGCAUUGUCUGUCGUCUGAUCAAGCUUAUUUAUCUCAAAUAUCGGAAAAUCAAUUAGAAACUAGCAUUUCUAAUACCACGCUUUCUCGAUAUCAGAAUGCGCGUGAAUUACUGUCCUUGCGUUCGGGUUCAGAGGCAGCAAUAAGUAGAUUUGGCAUUGGCUAUGCAGGUUUUGGAAAUGGAUGGACCUCUACUAAAUCAAAAGUUGUCUACCCUAACCAAAAAAAAAGAGUGCGAGGUCGGUAUUGCUAUUCAUUCAACCGGAGGACAAAUGGGACCCAAGCUGAAUUACCAGUGGAUUUAGUACCAAUAAGACUGGAGAUUGAUGCAGAUAGAUAUAAAUUAAGAGAAUCAUUUACCUGGAAUGCAUACGAUAAAUGUAUUCCUUUAGACGUUUUCGCCGAGCAGCUAUGUUUAGAUUAUGACAUUCCUCCGAAUCAUAUGCAUAUGGCACAGAAUAUAUCAAAAAGUAUACAGUCCCAAAUUCAUGAUUAUCGGCCUAUUCGACAAGCUCUCGAUUCAUCUUUACAAGCCAAAUUGGACGACUCUUACCAACGGCGGCAUCCUUCAUUUUCAGAAGAUGGGAUUUCUAUAGACGAAUCACCGCAGACAUACAAAGAAGAAACUAAUAACGGUGGCACGGAUCUUCGUUUUUUGGUGAAUCUUGAUAUUACGAUAGGACGUUUAAACCUCGUGGAUCAAUUCGAAUGGGAUUUAUUUUCAUCAUCUGGAAGUGCUGAGGAAUUUGCUUCAGUCAUGUGCUUUGACCUUGGUUUAAGUGGAGACUUUUGUACCGCAAUUUCUCAUUCUAUCCGAGAGCAAUCGCAAAUGUAUUUGAAGUCCCUAGUCUUGAUCGGUUAUACAUUUGAUGGAAAAGAAAUUGACGAUGAAGAAAUACGAUCGUUUAUGUUACCAUCUUUAAAGGAAGCACUUCGCUCGAAUGAUAUGAAUGCAAAGUCCUAUUCACCGAUGGUAUAUGAACUAUCUGAUGCUGAAAUGGAACGUCAAGACCGUGGAUACGAUCGUGAAGCUAGAAGGAUGAGAAGACGACAAGGGCGUGCAAAGCAUGGUGUGGCUCUUCCUGAUUUAAAUGACAUCCCAAAAAUACAUAGAACGUCUUAUAAAAACUCAUCGGUUCCUUUUGAUGACGACUGGAACCAAACGUAUGCUGAUGCAAUUGCACAGAAGCAAGCAACACUCGACUAUCAAGCCUUCAUGGCUCCAAUGAAGGAAAGUUUAGUCCUCAGCUUUAAAAUAUCUCCAGAAAAACUCAAAAUGUCUUUGGAUCGUUCCUCAGGCUCUUCUAAACUCAUGCCUUCAUUCUUGCCGCAAGCAUAUCCCCCUAACACUUCUCAGCUUAAUUAUCCCGCUAUUCAGAAUGAACUUUUAAAUAAUUCUACAGUUAACCCAUAUUAUAGUUCUUCUUUGGCUUCGCCAAAACCGACUGAAGUUCCAACGAUGACCCAAACACAAGGAAACCCCUUACCGAACUUUGCCCCAGAUUGGGUAAAACAUUGUGUUGAAGAAAUAAACUACAAAUAUCCUAAUGAAAAGUUUGAUCUCAUGGUAAAACAUGCUGAGAAUCCUGCUGAGCAGAUUUUUGUGCGGAUUCGUUGCCAAUACUGCGCUAAUGAUAUUUUUUCGGCUGGUCCUGGAUUAUCUUUUGGAAACUUUGAAAUUCACUUGCUUUCUAAGACGCACCAGCUAAAUAAAGAAUCUCAGAUGCUGCUAUAA